UUUACACAUUUAUUUCCUUAUUUUUUAAAACACAUUUAACUUUUAUUAUGACACUCCUGUGAUUCCACCGGUAGGUGGCCGUGUGCUACAAACAACAAGACAGUAGUUACCGAACAAAACCAAAGAAGAAGAAAAAGGAGGAAGGAGGUGUUGAAGCUAUAAAUUGAAAACAGAAAUGGCGGGUUGUGAAAGCUGCUUUCUGCACGCUGAAAACAGAACGACUGACCAGCUGAUUAUGUUCCACUCGGUUGGAGGGUUUUUAAACAUCAACAGCGUCGCGAAGCAUUAAAAUAGCAUGUAGCUAAAACAUGCCAACCAGAGUUGCAGCUGUGUUUAUUAGCAGGAAUUCCUUCCAGUGUUGGCUAACUAGAAGGCGACUGUCUUGAUUUUUUGUUUGCCAACAUUAUCGCUGCUGUUUUGGCUGUAGUUUAAAAAGUACACUUUAACAGCCUUACUGUGGUCAAAUCUUUACGGAACACCAGUGCGACAGUCAGUUAGUCGAAAUAACUGAGAUGCGCAGCUGCUAAACAUCUGUUAAGAGUUACUAGCUCCGGAGAAACCAUGUCCGUUAAUGGGAAAGUCAUCCCGCACACCCCGCUGGCUGUAGACUUCUGGUAUGUUCGGAAAUGUCCAGGCACCCGGCUGUUCUUUCUGUCUCACAUGCACAGCGACCACACGAUAGGUUUGACCUCCACCUGGAGCAACAGGCCCAUCUACUGCUCCCCGACCACCGCCACCCUGCUCAGACUCAGGCUGCAGGUGAAAGAACAGUGGAUCCAUCCUCUAGAGCUCGGUGACCCACACCUGCUCCCACUGGACGACAUCGGCAAGGAGAGGCUCACAGUCACACUGAUAGAUGCCAACCACUGCCCAGGAUCUGUCAUGUUUCUCUUUGAAGGCUACUUUGGCUCUAUCCUCUACACUGGUGACUUUAGAUACACUCCUUCAAUGCUGCGUGAGCCUUGCCUGAGGACAAACACCACUAUAGAUGUCCUGUACCUGGACAACACCAACUGUGACCCCAACCGAACUCUGCCAACCAGACAGAGAGCGACUCAGCAAAUCAAAGAGAUCAUUCGCAGGCACCCUAACCACACAGUUGUUAUAGGCCUGUAUACGCUCGGUAAGGAGUCGCUGCUGUUGGAACUGGCAAUGGAGUUUAAAACCUGGGUGGAAGUCAGCUUUGAGAGGAUGGAGACCCUCAAAGCUCUAGAGCUGCCUGAUGUCUUCACUACUGAAACGGGUGCCGGUCGUAUCCGAGCCGUGGAUCAGUCAGAGAUUUGUUUUUCCGCUUUGCACCAGUGGAACAACGAGCAGCCCACGCUGGCCAUCUUGCCCACCAGCAGGCCUUUGGUCUCCUUUCACCCCAACGUCCACGUAGUGCCCUAUUCAGACCACUCCUCCUACCAAGAGCUGGAGGAUUUCGUCUCUGCCCUCAAACCUACCUCCCUCGUUCCCAUUGUGGGAAACUGUGUUCCUGGAAGUCUCUCUGCCUUAAUGCAAGGUAAAAAGCGCCAUGAUAUCCUGGUGCCCGAGUCAGUGCGACGCUACAUGUUGAGACAGCCUGAGAUUCAGCUCAGCUUAUCGACAUGCACAAGCCUUCAACGCAGACGCUUCCGACCUCUUGAUCCCAAAGGUGUGAUAUUUGAGUCUCCUGUAAGGGGAUCUAGUAGGUCAUCUGAGGAAACAUUGGAGGCAGAACGCCUGGAGCAAGAUGCAUAUGAGGAAGAGAUAGACACAGAAAGUAACGAAAAGGAUUCUGACUGCAUCCUUGUAGACCUGAGCACACAACUGAGCCCUGACAAAAACAGAAGAAGAGACAUGUGGAACCUGAACAUCGUUCAGACAGUCUCUGAAGAAAUGAUGACGGCAGAUUUGGUACCACUCCGUUCAUUCACCCAGAGCAGCUUUUCUCCAGUGGAGAUUCUAACCAGCACCAAGGCUUGCAUGAAGCCUGUCAGGACCCCAAAAAGGCUUUCUGAAACUGACGCCAAAAUAACCAGUAAUCAGCACAACGGACAUGGAAAUGUUCCGAACAACCACACGUCGUCAGAUGGAGAUAGCAUGAGUCAGCACAGCAAGGCUGAUCAGAAUGACAGCGUGACGUUAUUUCACAACAGCCACCAUAACGAUUCCAACACUGCUUCCAGCUCCUCAGUUGUGCUGCAUCAUGAAUACACAGAGGAGCUUGAAAACAGACUUUUAAAGAAUCUGCCCUUCUCAGAGGAGGACAUUAAGGGUCAUGGGCUUCUGCAGAACAGCUUUGUGUAACACUUUCCCUUCUCGCCUUUGUAUGAUUCAGACAAGGAGACACGUAUUUGGCAAAUUUUUCCUUCUUUCAAAGGCCUUGUUGUGUUUCUGUGAGUUAAAAUAAUGCACUUUAAAUAAGUGUUCUUUCAUUGCUAUGUGUAUUUUAUUAUUUUCUUUGUAGUGCUGCUAUUCUUUUGCUGACUUUAAAGAGAGUUGCGAUCAGAAGGUCUUUGGACUGAAACAGUUAAUGUGAUUGACUAACCUUUGCCCUUACUUUUGCCUCCUGAUUGGAAAAAACAAAUCAGUGUAAUUUAUGUUUAGAGUGUUUUUCCACUUUUCUGAGUUGGCCUGCUGUAGCCACACAGAACAACAAAGACAUUUGCGUCACAGCUGCUUGGUGGGACGAUCGACCACAGCCAACUCUUGCUGCUUUUGUCCAGUGAACUGUGUUUUAGACAACAGAGUUUAAAACUGUCUUUGUACUUUUAGAGCUUCCCUCUAAAUCUGUGUGAUUUAGAAUUGGGUUUUACUCACGUGUCCUUGUUUGUACGGAUAUGAGCCUUAAUUUACUGGUUACUGAUGGUUAGCUGAUGUUGGUGGCACAGCUCAGCAUGACUAACCAUUCCUACUGGAAAAUCCCUAAUUGUCACAAUGUAGACGUGUACUAAUGACGGAUUUUUGCCUUCACCCACCAUCCUCAAAAGCUUCAUCAUUGUUUGUGUUUCAACUGUGAUCACCUGAAAAUCAUGAUCAGUAAAUUUGGGACUUCUUUGAGUCAUCAAAGGAUGGAAUUUUUGCAUCAAAGUGAGUUCAAAGCCAAAAGUCUGUAGAUCAGUUUUAGCCUAAAACUUAAAAUGAAUUGAAAAAAUGUUAAACACAGUCAUGUUUUUGCCUAAUUCCAUAUCAGCCUUUUCACUUUCACUGUCACUUUAAUGUUUCCAGUGUGUGAGAAAAGUCCUUAAUAGGGUAAAAUUGUCACUGUGGGUUUGUGUGGGAAGCUACAUUUAAAUAGGAAUAGUAAUGUUAAAGAUCCGUCCUGGUUUUGGUGUAAUCUGUGUUUUGCAUUUUUAAGCCAAGAGGUUGUUGCUACACUGGUAGCUGUGAUUGUUUUUGUUUUAACUUUGGUGGUUGGUGGUAUUUAGCCACCAUGACAAUGUUCUUUUGUCAGUUAAUCCACUACUAAAGACAAAUUAGUAUGAAACUCUGCUCAGAAGAAUCCAAAGUGUUUUAUCCCCAACUUGAACUUGGGGUCAUUCAGACAAUUUCACGUUUUCCAUGGAAUGUCAUGUUUUUAUUCAUGUGCUAACAUAACUGCACAAGGGUUUUCUAAUCGUCAAUGAGCCUUUUAACACCAUUAGUUAACACAAUGUAGCAUUAGAACACAGGAGUGAUGGUUGCUGGAAAUGUUCCUCUGUACCCCUAUGGAGAUAUUCCAUUAAAAAUCAGCCGUUUCCAGCUACAAUAGUCAUUUACCACGCUAACAAUGUCUAGACUGGAUUUAUGAUUUAUUUAUUGUCAUCUUUGUUGAAAAAAAUGCUUUUUUUUCAAAAAUAAGGAAAUUUCCAAGUGAUCUCAAACUUUUGAACCAUAGUGUAUAUAAUCUGGUCUUGAUUGAAUAAAGUCAUCUGGAUUUAUAUGUGAGUGAGCAAAUUUGAACAAAUAACACUGAAAAAAUUGUGAAAAAUCACCAGAAGGUCCUUGAGACUUGACACUGUUUGAAACACUUUGUGAAUAUCUGUGGAGAGUUUUAGUCUUUCAGGUCACGGUGAUCCUGGCAGCUUCAGUAAAAAGGCUUGUCUUUUAGGUUUGUUUCACCUUUUGUCUUCUCUUGGAUGAGAGGUGAAAUAUCUUCAAGAACAUUAAAGGGAAGUCCAUUUGAAGCUGCUUGAAGAAUGUGAAUUAACUUUGUCCCGUUAAAACCAAUAGGUGAUUUACCUGUUGAAUGGUUUUCCCAUUUCUGUCUCAGUUCUUUACAGGAAACUCAGUAAUAAAGAUAUGAAAUGCAUCUAAUGUAGUACCCUGACUACCAGCAAAGUAAUUCAUAAGGAUCAUGUUUUAAAUAUAAUUAGUAAACUACUGCAUUGUAGCAAAGGACGGUGAAUAAUCGACUGUAUGCAACACUAACUGUGGCGUCUUGUUGCUAUUAAAAAGAACAAAAAAAUUGAUGGCCUUUACUAAACCCCUGUGACUUUAAGUUCGCUGGUCUGAAUAGCUGCUGACCUUUAGUGUGUGAAGCCUUCAGUUUCUCUCUAUUGUUUGGUGUGAAUUCUCUUUACACAUGGGAAAUGUUCAGCACAUAUAUAUCAAAACAAUGUACUUGGAACCCAUUUAUUGCCGCUUGCAGCUGUACUCCCUAGUGUUAGACUUCAGUACGCUAUAACUGCUAUGGAACUGCAAAUAUUGUGAAGCAUUUUUGCCUUUUUAUUUAGGAAAAAAUAAGACUUUAGUUUGUAUUUUGUGCAAAUAACUAAAAUGUUAACCUACAUAUUGUCUUUUCUAAACACUCAUUUUGACUACUCACUAGCAUGAAAGAUUUAUUUCUUGUCAAAGAAGAUAAUGGAACACUUCGAUACUUGUAACUGUUAGAUACAUAUUGAAUACAGGCUCCUUUUUUCAAUAAACUACACUUUUCUCUGCA